GGGAUAUACAUUUGUGUCCUAAAUCGGACAUAUUCAGUGUUGUAUCAUCAUCUUGUGGGGCUUAAAGGUUUAUUGGAAUGUCUGAAUCAGAGAGAACUCCAGGAAAGUGAAACUGCCAGAUGUGAUCAGCAGAGAAGCUUGUGUUUUUUAUUGUCAUCUUUUCGUGAUGGGUCAACGACUCAGUGAGGAUUCCGACGACAAAGAAAUUGAUGUUGCUGAACUGCAGGAGUGGUAUAAAAAGUUUGUGGUGGAAUGUCCGAGUGGAACCCUCUUCAUGCACGAGUUCAAGAGCUUCUUCGGUGUAACUGGAAACCAGGAAGCGGCAGAUUACAUAGAAAACAUGUUCCGUGCUUUUGAUAAAAAUGGGGACAACACUAUUGAUUUUCUGGAAUACGUUGCAGCCUUGAAUCUAGUGCUGCGAGGAAAGUUGGAGCACAAACUGAAAUGGACUUUUAAAAUGUAUGACAAGGAUGGGAGUGGCUGCAUCGACAAAACAGAGCUCAAGGAGAUUGUGGAGUCAAUCUACCGACUAAAGAAAGCCUGCCAUGGUGAACUUGAUGAGGAGUGUAACCUACUGACCCCAGAUCAGGUGGUGGACCGAAUAUUUGAGCUAGUGGAUGAGAACGGAGAUGGGGAGUUGUCUCUGGAUGAGUUCAUUGACGGGGCGCGACGUGACAAGUGGGUCAUGAAGAUGCUGCAAAUGGACGUGAACCCCGGGGACUGGAUCAAUGAACAGAGACGCCGCAGCUCCGACUCCUGAACUCUACAAUCACCAAAACAACCCUUUAAACCAACCGACAUAUACAUAUGCAGUUUCUCAACUACAGUUUUAGUCAUGGUUCAUGAAAGUGAAUCUUGAGUCAUCAGUACA